AUGGGAGCGUGCGGCUUUGAGAUAGACGAGGCCCAGCACGCCACUGUUGUAGCAGCUGGCACUUACCGACACAAGACAUCGGUGACGGCGAUGCAGAAGACUACAUUGCUGCCACUCCUGGGCCUGGGCAAGUGGUUUGGAGAGGUGCCAUGGGCCGCUUGCUGGUUGGAAAUGAUGGAAGAGGCAUUUGGACAGGUCGAAGGACGAGCCUUCCUCUUACCAGCAUUUUCAGAGAAGAGUUCGCAGUGGUUGCCCCGGAAAAUGUCUUCUGCUGAAGGGACGUUGUGGCUGAGGGACAUUCUCAAGCUGGCUGGCCAGGGCCGCUGUGUUGAGUCCUUGACCACACACUGUCUCAAGGUCACACGUCUAGCAUGGUUUACCAUCAGUGGCAAAUUCAGCUUGGAAGAGCGCCGAAUUGCAGGGCAUCACUUGGACAAAGAACACCGGUCUGCGUUGACUUAUGGCCGAGACAAUCACUUGGCAGUUUUGAAAAAGGAAGCGAUCUUGCUCCAGAAGGUGAAGAUGAGUCGCUUUGAUCCUGACGAAAGCCGUGCCAGGCACAUCGAUCGUGAGAUUGAUGCAUUGCUCCAAGAACAUGUAGAUGCCCAGGAAGGGGAGGACUCAGACUUUGAACAUUUUGACGAAGUACAAGACGGAGUUGACAUAGCUGAAGAUGCAGACAAUUUGGACCAUGCCGCAGUUGACAAUCCGUUGGAUCCCACCUUGACCUACUGGCAGCAUCACUUGUCAGGAACUUUGCACAUCGAACAAAUCCCAAUGAAGUUUGAAUGUGGCCGUGCCACGACCUCCAACUACUCAGCUGUGUCUGGGAACGACCUGUUGAAAUGGCAACUCUGCAGCCAGUGCAGAGUAGCCAAAUACGCUGUCCAAAAGCGCUUUACGUUUUCCGUUCCACUGCCUGGCCCUGCACCUCCUUUCGGUGUCCUGAUGGCGAUUGGUGAGAUGCUGAUGUACUGGUUGUGCCACGCCUGGUGGUCGUACAUCCGGCUGGAACUGCCUGGGGGCACGCGAUGCCGUGAGGUGGAGAUGUUGCGUGAACAUCUGCGCAGCGUCUUGCUCUGCUUGGGCAUGGGCUUCAGCACAGAGUGGCUGGCAACGGUGUGGGUGUCUCUGACGGUGGUCCUGACAUCCCACAGGCAAGGUAAAGACCUGCCAUCGCUGCAGAACAUACUGAAGGUCACGGACAUCACGCCUGAGUCGAUUGCAGUGCCGCCUGGUGCAAGAGCGCUUUGGACUCUGGCAGGAGCACCAAGCAGCGACCAUAUGCGGCGCAUCAAUGGAUUGUGCCGCACAGUGGUGGUCAACGUGUCCUAUGGCAUCCCUGAGCAUGGAGAUGCGGCGCAAGCCGACGAGGUGCUGGGAGAGCUGGACACCUUCCUUGCCAAUGUGGCGUUAGGCCUGUCGAGAGCACUGGACCUUGGCUUAGCUGAAGAUAGGUUUGAGUUGCUAGUUGGGGCUGGAGUUCGCAACUUCGGGCAAUACGCCUUUAUAUGUCAGUAUCAACCUGGCAGUUCAGACGAGGGCCCACUGUUGAAAGUUUUGUCAGAGAUCUACACCACAGAUGUCAAUGGAGGUGAGUUGACAGUUGGAGAAAGAUCGAUCCUCAGGAGACUCUACUUUGAGAGCCACACUACUGCAGUUCAGGAGAUGCGCAUCCGACUAGAACGUCAGCCUGACGACACACCGAAAGCCAUUCCGAUGGCCGAGCGCAUCGAGCGACUCAACGCCUUCAAGGAGAGCCAUUGCCAUUUAGUUUUGGAUUAUUCGUCAGAACCAUCUCACAAAUUGGUCGAUUUGGUUUGUCAGCAGGCAGAAUCGCAGGUAGUAUCGUACAUAGAGCUCAGCUUGUGCACCAGCCGUGAAACAGAGAUCACCCACCGAAAGAAAGAAACUCAGGUCUCCAUAGACAACUCUGGAUUGAUCAAGCUCACGAAGCAGGACCGUGCAGUAAAGACUGAGGUGACAGGUGAUUUGAAAGUGCGCCAAUGCAUGCAGAGGCGAGCAGUGGCCUACCACCUGGCCAAUAUAGCCACCUAUAAGACAUUGGAAAAAUUUACGGCCAAGCUGUUCCACUAUCUGACCAAGGAGCCUGUGGCCAGCCAUCGUCCAAUCAGUUUGCAGCAAAUCAUCCAAGCUGAUCGUGAGCUUUGGAUACAGGUGUCUCAGACGACCCGUGGAAAGAUCCUGACAUCAAAUCCCAAACCCAUUGACGAAGCUGUUGCCAAACUCUCCGAGUCUACAGAGGUCCUGUAUCAUCUGAUGCCAUUGCCGCAGGGCAGUCAGCCUAGGUCUGCCGACAAGCUGAAGGCCGACAGAUCCCGCAGUCCCAGGCGCCCUAAGGGCAAGGGCAACAAGAACAAAGGAAAGGGAGGUGGCAAAGGCACUAAACCGGAUUUGCCGGCCAAUUGCAUUGUGCCUGAACAGCCCGAAGCCAUUUUGGUAGGCCCAAUUUUGCAGUUUUUGCAGGGAAGUUCAUCUUGUACAGCGAUUGACUUUUCCAUGCCAGCAUCCGAGCUCAUUUUUCUCGAAGUUUUUGCCGGGAGGGCCACCUUGACGGCCGAAGUGCGUAAGUCCCUUAACCUGCAGUGUAUAGCCAUAGAUCAUAAGGUCAAACAGCCGAGAGCUAAGAUCACGGUCCUAGACCUCACUCGUGCAUCCGACCAGGAAAUUUUCUUUAAUUUGUGCAUGCAUGCCAAUGUUGCCGCAGCGCACUUUGCGCCAGUCUGUGGAACUGCCAGCAAAGCUCGUGAGCGACCUAUGCCACCGGGCUACAAGGGAAAGCCGCUCGCCCCGUUGAGGUCUUAUGAUCAACUUCUGGGGCUGGAUUCCUUAGCAGGCCAAGAUCGAGACAGGGUCCAUGCGGCCAACAUCCUUUAUGCAGUCACUGUUGUAGCAGCAAUCCUCUUGAUUUCUCGAAACACCAUUGUGUCCAUUGAAAACCCCAAGAAUAGCUACUUUUGGGCGAUCGCCUGCCUCAUUGCAGCCCUUUUGGAAAAUGGCAAAAUUGUGGACUAA